AAUGAGGCCCCAAACGAGCCCCGAAGCAAGGCCUCUAUCUGCAUGUUGUCAGCAGAUGCAGUAGCCAUGCCUGCCCUCUGGGUCCAGCCUUGUCUGCCUCUGCUCUCUGCUGCUGGUUGAUGUGAUGCUUUCCGUCCAGGACGCCCUCCUUCCCUAAACAUUGCUUCCGCCCCCUUUUCUCGUCCUUCUGACCUCGUCCUCCCGCCCUCAGGACAGUACACCGUCAUGAUGGCGCGCUUCUUUCUGAAGAGGAAGAUCGGCUACUUUGUGAUCCAAACAUACAUGCCCUGCUUCAUGACCGUCAUCCUGUCCCAGGUGUCCUUCUGGCUCAACCGGGAGUCUGUGCCGGCGAGGACCGUCUUCGGUGUGACCACAGUGUUGACCAUGACCACCCUCAGCAUCAGUGCCCGCAACUCUCUGCCCAAGGUGGCCUAUGCCACCGCCAUGGACUGGUUCAUCGCCGUGUGCUACGCCUUUGUCUUCUCAGCGCUGAUUGAGUUUGCCACUGUCAACUACUUCACGAAGAGGAGCUGGGCAUGGGAUGGGAAGAAGGCUAUGGAGGCCCAGCAACCCAAG